UUAACUUAAGUUUAGUAGUUUGCAGUUUUUUAUAUUUUGUUAUUUUUGUUUAUUGACUCCCAUUCUUUUUCUCUCUUACAGAGUUUUGAAACUUGAAGGCCUGUUAGAGUUCUGUAUGUGGCUGUGCAGAGACUGUGGAUCAUCUCAGGCCUCCAGACCGAAGCUUUUAAAGCACUUCAGACAAGUUUGGUACAAUGGCAACCCCAGCCAAACUCCUAGUAAUUUUAGGAGAAAAUAAUUGUGAAAGGUUAAAUCUCCCAGCUGGUAUACCAGACUCAUUGAAUGACCUUAAAAAAGAAAUCCAAAUACAACUUGGUGUGUUAGAAGAUUUUCGACUUCAGCUCAAAGAUCUGGAUUUUAAUGAAUUUGUCAACCUCAGUUCAACUUCAGACUUACAAGACAAAGCUACAAUCAAAAUAAUUUUUUUGCCGACAUCUCCAAGUACACCUUCUUCAUCUGUGCCAAAACACAACGAGACCUCUUCGGUAUCUUCCUGUGAUACAGACAUAAUUUCAUCCUCACCGUCAUCUGUACUGUCAACUCCAGAAUCUGCAUCCUCUGUCAGAAGUCAAGCUUGGCCCGAUACUUUUUCAAUACCACAGUUUAGUUUUGAUGCAGAAAUACAACUGCAAAAAGCUCACCUUGCUUAUCAAACUGCUGGUACUUUGCUGAGUCCCAAUUCCAAGCUAAAGACUGACAUUUUGGAUGCUUUAGCCUCAGAAAUAAUAAAGUUCAAGGCAUACCCUUCAAGUGCAGAUCUUGAUGAUGUAGCUGCUGCUUUGAUACAGAAGCAUCCUUGUCUAAAAGAAAAGGGCUCUGUGAGUGGCUACUAUGGGUGGAAAAUUAGUUUAAAAUAUAAGAUGGCAAACUAUAGAACAAAAUUGAGAAACAUAGGAUGUUCUGAGCUAAACAUCAAUUCCCAUAAGCGAAAAGGAUCCAUUGGAAGUCCGAACCAAGUGAAGAAACCGAGAAAAGCUGAGGUAAAUUACUGUCCGGAUUACCCAAUGGGUGUAACAAAAGAAACUCUUGAAAAUCAAAGGAUUACACUACUAUCGGAGGUGACUAAAAGAAACAACGAGCAGGUUAUUAAGGGACUGAUGGACAGAACAUUUGCUCUACGGAGGCACGAGGUGGUAGAAGACUCCCCUUUCAUUGCUGAAUUCAAGAACAGAUGGCCAGCACUCUUUACUGAGCGAGAGGUAUCUGCGGAAUUCUGCAGGAUUACAACAAUUCCUUUGGUGUCCAAAUUCAUGGGUCAGCUUGAUCAUUUCUCCUCUCAGCUCCUCAAAAAUUUCAAAAAGAAAGGAGGAGUAGCUGCACAGAAGAUCACAGACAUCCUGUCAGUUUUGGAUCAGAGCAUCACCAUUGAAAAAAAGCGGGAAUGCAUCCUAAAAGCCUUAGUGGUCUACCUAAAUGAAGAUCCUUCAAGCCUAGUGAAGGAGUACAUGGACACUGAACAUGAUGAAGCCCAAAUUUUGAUGAGCAAAACUACUCUCGGAAUCUAUGCCAUUAAACGUGAAGGGGCAGAUGUUGCAGACCCAUACGAAGAUGUUGGUGUCAUCAUCGAAGGCAUCCAAGUACUUGAAAACUUGGACAAUGUAGCUAAUGCUUGUUCCAUGAUAGUUGGUCUAAUUUAUGCAUUAAACUUGGCUUACCCCCAGGAUCUGAGAUAUAGUUUUGAAAUGUUUCAAAAGAUUUUCUUGGAACUUGAUGCCAACAAGCUGUCAAACAAACUCCAGGUCUUAAAAAAUAAACUCUUUUUAUAGGCACUGUAACUUGAAACAAGGGUUAAGAGGCAGGACCUGUUUUGUCCAAAUUGUUGCACUGGCUGUUGUAG